AUUUUGCGAGAGCGACACUCAGAGAUCCAAAAACCCUACUUUUCUCUGGUUCGAAGUUCGAACUUAGAGUUCAGACCCUUUGUUUUCUCCCGGAGAGAAGAUGCCUCCGAAACGCUCAUCACUUCUUGACAACCCACCGGAUGCCUCCUCCUCGUCUGAAGAUGUAGAAGAAGAAGAAGAACCGGAAGAAGCUGAAGAAGAAGAAGCAGAAGAGGACGAAGAAGAAGAUGAACACGAACAAGUUUCCGCCAAGAGAUCCUCUGCCAAGAACCCGACCAUUAAAUCCACGCCCACUUCAAAUGCUGUGUCGGGUCGUCAAGCCCACCGUCCCUCGGAUGAUGAAGAAGAAGAAGAUGAAGAGUUCGAUUCCCAAGAAGAGUCCGGUUCCGAUUCGGAACCAUCACCAGAAAAACCCCGCCAGACCGCUCGAGGUGCCGAUCCAAGUAUAAAGCCUAUCACCUCCAAGCCUAUGGACGACAUACCCAAGCCCAAGAAGCCUCCGACGAAGCCAGGAUCUUCUCCUAUUCCGGCGUUGAACAGCCCCACAAGAUCUACCACCACAGUAAAACGCCCCGUGGAGACUGAUAAAGAAGGAAACAGGGACCCCAAGAGUAAAAAGAAGAAGGUUUCAGAUGCCGAUGAGAACGGGUCGCUUCAAGGAGAAGAAACUGAGAAGAAGCCUGGGGACGAUGCCAAGAAGCAAUUGUUUCAGAGGUUGUGGAGCGAAGACGACGAAAUCAUAAUUUUGAAGGGUAUAAUGGAUUACUCAAAGAAAGGCACUGACCCAUGGACUGACAUGGCCGGGUUUCAUGAGUUCAUCAAGAAAUCGCUCCACGUUGAUGUAAAUAAGAACCAAUUAGCUGAUAAAAUCCGUCGAUUAAGGAAGAAGUACAAGACCAAUGUGGGCAGAGGGAAAGGAGGCCAGGACCCUCUUUUUUCUAAGUCACACGAAUCGAAGGCAUUCGAAUUGUCCAAGAAGAUAUGGGGCUUCGAAGAUAAUGCUGGUGGCAAUAAUCAAGCUACUGAUGAUGGGAAGAAGGGUAAGAAACAGAAAGCUGAAAAUGCUGUCGGUUCGGCUCAAGUAAAAGUUCCUUCUUCGGGAGAGGCCCCAAAUGCUGCAGCGAAGGCCGAUGAAGAGCUAAAUUGUUCUAUGUACCCAUGUCUAAUGGAAUCGUUCCGACUUGGGAAAAUCACGGAAUUGGCAAGGCCUGAUUUUGGAGAGGGUAUUGUGAAAGAAGGUUUGGGUUUGAUGGGGAGCUCGAAGGUGAAGGAAUUGGAGGAGAGGUGGAGGAAAUUGCAUAUGGCAGAGAUUGAGAUGCACCUGAAGCGGGUUGAUUUAUUCAGGGACCAGUUGAAGAUGCUGUUUGAUGCGCUUGGAUCCAAAAAGUGAGGUAAUUAGUAGUUGUUGGGUUGUUUUCGGCCAAAGUUAAAAAAAAAAGACAAUGUUACUUCUUUUUCUUUUCUUUUGCAACAGAGGAGGGAAUUUUCUAAGAGUUUUGGUGUAUUUCGGAUUUAACUAGAAUUUAUCGUCUAUCAAACUAUGCGUUUGUUACAUUUGUGAGAUCAGUUACAAUCUAGAGCCUCCUAUUUUGGUUA